CAUUAUAUCGCAUGGUGCGAACACGUGCAGUCUUGUGUCACGUCCUCUGUCGUAAAACGCUAACAACAGCAGGUGGAGGAGCUACAGUAUCUCCAGUCAAGCGAGUGCAAGCUCCGCGUAUCGAUCAGAGAUACUUGGAUAAAUCAUCCCGCAUACGGUCGGCUGAAGAGGAGGACGAUCGCUGGAAGGGAUCGAUCUGCAACGGCACGACUCCUGGAUAUCUUGUCGACGUGCACGAUCGCCUUGAUUAGAAACCGUAUGGUUGUGUAGGGAGUCCGCUUGCUCUUUGAGCGUCGCUGUCUGAACGCGGCGGUCGAGCAACAUUCCGGCGCGUCUGGUCAGGCGAACGGUGUCGAUUUGGUCUGCAGUGGCAAGUUGAGCGCUCAGCAUGAAGAGGGGGAUAAAACCGACGGGUCCUCGCCUAUUCAUGUUCGGCAGCGUACUCUCAGAUGCGCAAGAGCAUACCUCUUCGAGGCGGACAAUGCAUAGGGGAAGUGUCGGCUAUUCAGUGCGCCGGGCCUGAAGUCCUCCGCAAUUGUUCCCUUGGUCUUACUCCACUGACACGAGUUGAACCGGUUUACCGACCAAGACU